GGCCCUCCCCGGAAGGGGCGGGGCCUCCCGGGCAGUGGCGCGAAAACCCGCGGUUCGGGCGGGGUCUUCCGUUUGGGACUUUGUGUAUAUUCUCCUCUGGCCCUGCGUUUCUCGCGCCGGGGCCGCCCCGAGUCUCGCAGCCAUGGCGCAGAGCAAAAUCACCGAGUUCUUCUCCUUGCGCAAGGGCUCGAGUUCGGCCGCCCCGGGGUCUCGCGGCCCGCUGAAGCUCCGCCGGAGCCCGGUGAAGUCGGAGGGGCAGCGCAACGUGUCCCCGCGUACUCCGGCACAAGCCCCCGGCGGUCCGACCCCCACCCCGAGCGGCAGCGGGAGGAAGCGGGGCCGCCGCACCUCGGACCCAAACCAUGAGGCGGAGGCCCCGCCCGUGCGGCGCGCGGCGAGGAGGAGGCUGGUGCUGGCCGAAGAUUCGGAGGCUCAGGAGGAGGAGGCCACGGUCUCCAGCUCCAGCUCUCCAGCAGCCCCCUCGGAGGGGAAGGAGGAGGCGCCGUCUGCCCCCCUCCCAGCAGCCUCAGCCCUGGAUGCCGGCCCCCCAGCGCCAAACCUCUCGGAGCUGAAGUCUCGGCUGCAGAAGAUCCGGGAGCUGACCCGCCGGGCAGCCCCCGAUGCCUCCAUCCCAAAGGGCCCCGGCAGCCUCCAGAACCACGUGCAGCGAGCCCGAGAGCUGGGGGCCCGGAUCCGGGCCCGCCAGUCCGCCCACCCGGAGAAAAGCGAAGCGCAGAGCCCUCAGGAGGCGGCCCCUGCAGAGCCCUGCCCCCCGAAGGCUCCCGCCUAUGAGCGGUUCCACAGCCUCGCCCAGCCGGGCAGCCCGGGCCUGGCGCUGCCCUACAAGUACAAGGUGCUGGCCGAGAUGUUCCGCAGCAUGGACACGGUGGUCAGCCUGCUCUUCAACCGCUCCGAGCUGGUGACUUUUGCCAAGGUCAAGCAGGGCGUCCAGGAUAUGCUGCACAAGAGGUUUGAGGAGAAGAACGUGGGCCAGAUCAAGACCGUCUUCCCAGACUCGUACCGUUUCCGGCAGGAGCGGAACAUCCCUGCGUUUGGCUCCGGCGGGAAGCGCUCUGACUAUCAGCUCACCAUCGAGCCUGUGCUGGAGCCAGAGGACGGAGGCCAGGGAGCCCCCCAGAUGUCGGCCUCCCGCCUCCUGCAGCGCCGGCACACCUUCGGCAGGAACCUGGUGAAGCUGGUCAGGGAGCAGCACAAGGCCUUCCUCGCCUCCCUGAACCCGCCGCUGGUGGUGCCAGAAGACCAGCUGACCAGGUGGCACCCCAGAUUCAAUGUGGAUGAAGUGCCGGACGUCGUCCCAGCUGAGCUGCCCAAGCCGCCCCACUCCGACACCGUCACGAGUGCGCAGGAGAUGCUGGCCAGAGCGCGCGCCAUGCUGACCCCCAAGAUGGAGAGGGCUUUGGCCCAGCUGGCUCUGAAGACGGCUGGCUGCAGCCCUGGCUCUCCUGGCCCCCAGGGCCCCCCCACACCCAGUUCUGCUGGCUUCCAGAGUCCCCCCACACCGGGCUCACCUGAUCUCCGCAGCCCCCCAAAGCUCACUUCCCCAUCCAGCUCCCCCAGUGCCCUGAGGGGUGUCUCCCAAGCCCUGUUGGAGCGGAUCCGAGCCAAGGAGGCCCAGAAGCUGCAGGCCCUGAUGACCCGCAGACCUCAGCAGGAGGAGCGGCUGCUGGUGCUGUCCAGGCUGCCCGAGCUGGCCCGCAUCCUGCGCAGCGUCUUUGUGGCCGAGAAGAAGCCAGCACUGACCAUGGAGGUGGCCUGUGCCAGGAUGAUCGGCAGCUACGGCCCAUCCUUGACACCCGGAGAGAUGGAGAAGCACCUGCAGGUCCUCUCUGAGCUGCUGCCUGACUGGCUCAGCCUCCAUCGCGUGCGGACGGACACCUAUCUGAAGCUGGACAAGUCGGCAGAGUUGGGCCCCAUCGCCGAGAGGCUGGCCCGGAUUACCCAAGAGGAGGAGAAGAAGCUGUGACUGGAACCCUGGCUGGACUCUGAACUGUCCAUGAUCCAUUGAGGCUUUGGUGGUGGGUUUGUGUGUGCUGGAGCCCGCGGGAAGUGCUUUAGAAAAGACUUUAUUCCAGAAAAUAGGACCUUCCUCCCUUCUGCCCCCAUUGGAAAAUAAAGGCGAUUCUGUAACUGAGGUUGCGGCCCAUGGCGCGCCCUCAUCUGACUCCUCUCCACCCAGAAGAAAGGCUCUGCGUGCUUCUGAACGAAGUUCUUUAAUCAGAUACAAAGAAGGGGCUCCCAGCGACUGUUCCCUCUCAAAGGGCCCUCCAGGGGGUUUGUCUCCCUCGUAGACUGGCACCAAGUCCCUCAUCCUUGGCAGGCAGCGCACCCCAAGGCCGGACAGGCCCUCCACAGGAAGCACCUACAAAGCUGCCUCCAGGGGCCUCUGCUUCACUCAGGCCGCCAGUCUGGUUUGGCACAAUGUGGGGGACCCACCAGGUGCCUCCCACUGCGCUCUAGAGGCCAGGGACGUCUGGCACAGGUCCCUGGAGCCGGGCUGGCAGGUCCAGGGAAUUCUAAGCACAAAGUCAAGAGCGUGGCAGGACCCUCCAGGACCCAGAGAGCUCUUCUCUGGAGAGCCCGGGCUCCUCUGGGGCAGCCCACAGUCCAUGUUGUCAUCGCUGGGCAAUGGCCAGAGGGAGGGCCUGUCCUCAGUCGUACUGCAGCAGGGAGAAGAAGGGUACCUGGGCCAGCUUCUCUCGGCCCCGCAGGGAUGUCAGCUCCACCAGCGUCAGGGCCUCGAGCACGUCGGCCUUCAGGCUGCGCAGCAGCUUGCAGGCGGCUCCCAUGGUACCUGCGGUCGGGCAAGAGUGGGUGGCAUGAGGGUCGCCGAGGCCCCACUGCCUGGGCACCUGGGGGGCAGCUCAGCAGGGGGCACCCCACUAGAGGAAGGACACCGGCUGGCUCAGCACCGCUGGCCUGGCCGUGUGCUAUUGCAUUUUUAUUUUGUUAAAUAUUUCCCAAUGACCUUUUAAUAGGGUUCUGGCUGUGCGCCGGCCACCCACCCGCCUCCGGCUUGAAUGAGGGCCAGGGCAGCCGGCCUCCCCAGCAUCUGCUCACCUCCAGUGGCCAUCAGGUCGUCCACAAUGACCACCUUCUUGCCUGGCUCGAUGGCGUCUUCCUGCAUCUCCAAUUCUGCCUGAAGAACAACCCCCCAGCCCAGCUGUAGUGUGUGGGUGGGGGGAGCUGCCCCGCCAGACCCCUCGGUGUCCUCGGAGCCCCUCGAAGCUACUGGGGCUGGUGCACCGCAGGCAGGAGGAGCAGGGUUCAAGCUGCGCACGGCCCAGGACAGUGACAGGCCGCCCUCCCCUUGGGCACAGCUGGGGCACACUUGGAAGGGCCUUUGACUUCUCCCAGGCUUUCACUCCCUCCUGCUGGGUGCAGCUGCCUGACCAGCACUUCUGUCUGUUCUUCCAACCGUGGACUCGUCCUUGGGCCCGGCCUGCAGCGGGGGUGGGGGUGGGGGGCCUCCAGCGACACGCCAGCCCCCCACCCAACCCAAGCAGGCCUGAGGCCCUCCUCUGAGCCUCUACAGGCUGUCAGUGGCCACCAGGCUUCGGAGGGCCGGCCAGACUGCCAAUGGGCCGGGGGGUGUCCUGAGCCCUUCCCAGGGGGACUGAUGGUGGCCAGCCUGUGGGACAUCCUACACCCCCCCGAGGAGGAGCACGGCCCUCCCUGGCCAGGCUCCCAGCAGUCCCCUUCCCUGCCAUCUUCCCCAGGAAGGCCCAACCCCACCCCGGGCGCCCAGGGCUGAGGGGAAGAGGGAGGCCGGGCGGCCUCUGCGCUCACCUGGCCGUACUCCAGAGAGUAGCUGGUACAGAUGGUGGGUCCCGGCAGCUUCCCGCGCUUGCGGAUCAGCACAAAGCCGAUGCCCAGUUUCUGGGCCAGGGAGGGCCCAAACAGGAAGCCGCGAGCGUCCAAGCCUGGGGGAGGGGGGGGGGUGAGGCGUGGAGGACGCUGGGGGCACCCAGCCUGCGAGCCUCCGCGGGGGACACCUUCGGGGCUCUCAUAUUCCCGCCCUCCAUGAGGAGCUGCUGCAGGACGAGAACUUCUGAGCGAACAUUCAGAGUUUUUCACGCCAUCAGUGAGUCACCAAGAGCACAAAUCGAGAUCACUGAAGGGGGCGGAAGAGCGGAGGCCGGACGGCGGCCGCGGGUGCCGAGUCCGGGCAAUCCUGAGGGACAAGGCGGAACAAGCAAAGGCUCCGUGGCCUGGCCUGGGUCCGAGAGUGGCCUCGCCGGUCAAGUCACCGGGUGUGACCGCCUCGGCCUUCCUGGCCCAAACCCAAGCCCAGAGGAGGGGAGCCGGGCCGGAGCCUUCCCAGGGGAGCUUUCUCUGACGAUGUGCAUAAUAAAAAUGUAGUUAAAAUAACGUGAAAAGAA